UGUUAACUUGGUAUGACUUAAAAGAAAAAAUACGGAAAGUGAUUGAUUAGAUAUGUUUUGGAGGAUACUAUCUGUGGUGUUGCUUUUUAUCUUCUCUUUUUUAUCUUCUUCCCAGUGCUCCUGCUGUCUCAGCUCUCAUUCUCACUGACAAGCAAGCAAUGGAGAACGGCGCCGUCAAACAAACCCCUCCCGCUCGGCUCAACACCUUCACACUUCUCUCCGCCCUUCUCGCUUCCGCCACCUCCAUUCUGCUGGGCUACGAUAUUGGGGUUAUGAGUGGCGCCGCCUUGCUGAUAAGAGAGAACCUAAAAAUAUCGGCGGUGCAAGAGGAAGUGCUGGUGGGCACACUCAACGUCUUCUCCCUAAUCGGAUCACUGGCCUCUGGAAAAACCUCCGAUUACAUCGGAAGACGCUACACAAUCGUCUUAGCCUCAUUCACGUUCCUGGUGGGCGCAAUCUUGAUGGGCCUGGGCCCUUCCUUCGCAUUCAUCUUAUGCGGUCGAAUGGUGGCAGGCAUCGGCGUGGGUUACGCCCUCAUGAUUGCGCCUCUCUACACCGCCGAGCUCUCUCCGGAAAUGACACGUGGCUUCCUCACCUCUCUCCCCGAAGUUUUCAUCACCCUAGGGAUCCUCCUCGGCUACAUCGUUAACUUCUUCCUCUCUUCCCUCCCUCAACACAUUUCUUGGAGACUCAUGCUGGGCCUCGCGGCACUCCCCGCAAUCGCAAUCGCUUUAGGCGUCAUCGCCAUGCCCGAAUCCCCUCGCUGGCUUGUCAUGAAAGGAAGAAUCCCACACGCCAAACGCGUUCUUCUCAGAAUCUCAACUACUCCCGAGGAAGCUGAACUAAGGCUUCACCAGAUAACAAAAGGUGCAGAACCGGGCCCCGAGAAUUGGCGCGGCCAGGGCGUUUGGAAAGACCUUUUGUUACGGCCCACUCGGCCCAUCAGGCGGAUGCUGGUUACUGCCGUCGGGAUUAAUUUUUUCAUGCAGGCCUCCGGAAACGACGCCGUUAUAUACUACUGCCCGGAGGUGUUCAGAGCUGCCGGGAUUCACAGCAAGAAGCACCUUUUCGGGGUUAACGUCAUCAUGGGAAUUGCCAAGAGUUCCUUUGUUUUGCUCUCCGCACUCUACUUGGACAAGUUUGGGAGGAGGCCUCUUUUGCUGUUGGGCACCACUGGGAUGGCCGUGUCGCUGUCCGCGUUGGGCCUGGGCUCCACGAUUCUCCAACGCUCCAGUACGAAGCCUCUUUGGGCCGUUGUGGUCAGCAUUGUGGCCGUGUGCGCCGAUGUUUCGUUUUUCUCUAUUGGGCUUGGGCCCAUCACCUGGGUGUACUCGUCAGAGAUAUUUCCUUCCAGGCUUAGGGCCCAGGGGUCGAGCCUUGCGAUUUCGGUGAACCGGUUGGUGAGUGGGGUGGUGUCCAUGACUUUCUUGUCUAUUUCGGAGAAAAUAACGUUUGGAGGGAUGUUUUUUGUGCUGGCGGGGAUUAUGGUGUUGGCUACGGCUUUCUUUUAUGUGUUUAUGCCGGAGACCAAGGGAAAAACUUUGGAAGAAAUGGAAACUCUUUUUGAGUAUAUUAAGACUGAUAGGAACAUAGUGAAGGAGACGGAGACGGAGAUGGAAGUUGCUUAGAGGAGGGGUUGUUGGUAAAAUUCAGGUAUCUGUCGUGUUAGUGUGUUUACUUUAUCUCUGUAAUUGAAAAUUGAAUAAAAAUAUGUAUACUGGUAACGUCGCAUUUCAGAAUUUAUUUAAACAAAUUCUAAACACCAUCA